ACUAGUGGAUUUCUCAGUUACAGUGAUUAUCAAUUUCCAGAUAAUGUAAAUUUUCAAUUUUCCACUCAAAAUUUCAAAUUUUUAAUUGUCAAUUUCUGUAAAUUUCUCGAUUUUUAAAAAACUCUACUAAAGUAUUAUUUUACAUUUUUCACGGACUUUUCUUUCUAAAUUCGCAUGUGCUCUAAUUCAAACAGAAUUCUUAAGUAAAUCACCAAAGUACAUUCCGUUUGUUAUGAUUUCAUUCUCUGUUCAUAUCGGCACUCGAACCGAGCGAUUAAAACUUGGGACGAUAAAACAAUUUAUAACCGAUGACUUUCACCGCAAACACUCGGCGUCGAGGAGCACAGCUACAUCGUUUAUAAAAAGCAUUUCGACGCUUUAUACACUGCGUGGUUUCUCGAUAUCGUAAUUUAGUGAGCUUAUUAUCACGUAGUUAAGUCGUGCGUCGCAUUCCUCUAUGUUUUUUUUUUUUUUUUUUUUUUCAGAAAACUGAUUCACCGUUUCGUAUGGAGAAUAAAGAAGAGAAGAUGGCUGUACGUAUAUGUUAUGCAGCCAUGUUUGAUCUUCGAUUGUAAUCUCUCCCUUGUAAAAGAUUCACGCACGACGAAUGUAACACCUAGAGGAUCAAGAAGUGUGAAGACGGAGACAAGAAGGAAGAAAUGAUGACUCUUUAACGGAUUUUAUUACAAAUUCUGUUCGUUAAAUGGCAAAGAUAACGAAGUGAAACAAGUUUCUCAAAGCGUCGUAGAUAUCCAAAGGUAUGCCAAGAAAAUUGGUCUUCUUGUUUUAUUUGAAAUUUUAGAAUUCUCUUCCAAGUGGAUGUGGAGAUUAUAUUUCGAACCUCAAUUGACAGAUUUAUUUUUUUACUGUUUCUAUUAAUAUUUAUAUUUUUACUUCUUUACUCUUCUACUAUAUUCAUUUUUUUUUUUUUUUUUUAAGAAGAAAAGGAUGAAGAAAAAAUUGAGUGACAACACGUUUUGUUGUUCCAUUUAAUCAAGAAUUCACUAACAUUAUUAGCAAGCUACUAUACAAUAAAACAUCGUAAUUAAAUUUCUUUAAUUUUAUUUCUGCAAUUUAAGAUAACUUAGUAAUAACAGUAGUAACAAUAAUUUAAAGAAGAUGAAGCAUCUUGCUAAUUAUCUGGAAUUAUUCGAUAAGUGUACGAAAGAUUUAUUCGAACGAUAAAGGAACAAAUCGCGACAAAGAAACGAAUCAUCGACAGUUAACAAGAACAUUUAUCACGACUGAUCAACGAUUUUACGUGUCACCAAUUAAGAGAUUAGACACAUCAACUGCAUUAAAACAACUCUGUGACGUGAUAAAUUUUCCUGAGUAGUUGCUCGUCGUUUGUUUCGCAAAUAAAACUGGCCACUUUUUAUCAAUGAAUUCGCCUCGAAGCACGGAGAAAAACUCGAGUCGUGUAAAAGGGACCAACUCGCUGUUGUCCACGAUAAUAAUGGAUCAAACGAUUUCACAAGUCUAGAAGGAUCAUUCUUUCUCAUGCGUGAUUUUCAUAUGAUUUCAGAGAAAAAUUCCGCGGAACAUGCAAACGCGAAAAUGCGAUCCACGAGAUUAGUUAUCUUCUCAGAGGAGUUAACGCAUGACUUCGACAAGAUGAUCUUACUAUCUGUCCAAGGGAACUCGUGUACGUUACAAAUCGAACACUUUGCAAAUAACUAGGAAUAAUCUUCUUUAAAUCGCUAUCAGGACGGGUCAGUUUAUUCGAAAAAUGUUAGAGGAAUGUUAUUUUUGCGUGUAACGCGUAUGUCUCGUGACUCGUAAAUUCUCUUGCUUGUUGAAUAAAAUUGGCGUGUUUUUAGUAAUAAAAUUAUGCAAAUUAGAAAUGACUGUAAAUUACUCCGGCAAGUGAGCUGGGGAUUUUCGUUAAUUUGCAAUUUCAUUUGCAUACCCUUGUUUCGAGGGUAUUAAACGAGGAUUUUAGUAUUUUUCUUAAAGAAGAUGAAGAAGACGAAGGUGACGAAAUUAAUGUAAAUUGUCGUCCACAAAGUGACGUAAAUUAACAUAAUUCUACAAUAAUCGAAAUUUCUGUCGAGCAGUUGAUUUAUUAAAUGUUAAAAUGAUAUUAACAUCACGAAUGAAAACUUGUUUUAUAACAUAUGUUUUAUAUUUAACCAUUCACUGUAACAAUUUCGACUCACUUUCAAUAUCUGAAAAAAAAAAGAACAAGAAAAUUUCAAUUAUCUUUAGUUGCAGCGUUUGAAACCGGAUGUCAUCUCAUUUCGGCGUAAGCCAAAUUUACAAGCAAAACGAUUUCAUCGUUCAUUGAAGAGAUUUCGUCGUUCACGGUGA